GCAUCACUGAACGAACCAAUCACGUUGCGUGUGACUAAACAUAGCGCUCGUGCAGCAGGAUGUGUGAGCGAGGGAAGACGACUCGGAAAGAAGAACAAUGGGUGUAGUAGUAGAGACCAUAAGAACAGGAGACGGAGUGAGUUAUCCGAAGAGAGGACAGAAGGUUACCGUGCACUACGUUGGCACGCUGACCAAUGGAAGCAAGUUUGAUUCCUCCAAGGACCGAGGACAACCCUUCCAAUUCAAAAUUGGACUGGGUCAAGUCAUUCGUGCCUGGGAUGAUGGUGUAGCCCAGAUGAGCAUCGGCCAGGUGGCAAAGUUGACCUGCUCGCCGGACUACGCAUACGGCGAUGCAGGAUUCCCACCCGUCAUACCAGGAAAUUCCACUCUCAUCUUUGAAGUGGAGCUGCUGAAUGUUAGUUGAAGUUGAAGUUUGUUCUUCAGUUACUUAUUCCACCAACAUCUCUGACACAAAUAGCUGUUAAUUAAAGGGGCUGUCAAUAGCGUUUAUAAACAUGAUUAAGUCAUUGUAUAAAUAAUCUUGAUAUUUUGGUAUGAUUGAGACAAAUUAGACUAACUCCGGCAGUAUUGUUGGUGGCAAGAUGACACCAAGAAAAAAGUUAAAUAAAUAGUACGACAUUUUGGGAAAUAGGCUUAUCUCUUCCUGGCUUUAUGUGGACUCCAUUAUUACAUUAGUCUGAAAAAUCUGACUAAGCACAUCAGAUACAUAAUGUAAUAACGGCAAAAGGCAAAUGAACAUUUAUUUGAAUAACUACUUUGCCUUUUUUUUAUGUGGCAUAAAACAAUCCGACAGAAUGACCACUGAUUCUGAACCAGUGGCCCUAAAGCUGCACAAAAAUAUCUUAAUUGUUCAUACGUGUCUCAAAGUGUGGAAAUGAUUAUUAAUGUCAAAAAUGCACUUGAAACACCUUUUUAAUGAAGAGCUUAUUUGUUUAUUUUUUGUGCAUUAAUGUAUCCCUUCAACAGAUUCAUUGAGUUGAAAGCUUGAAACUUUGACACACUGUAAAGAAACGCAUACAAACAAUAACCGCUUAUGAUUUCAUUUUUCAUCCCUCCUUGUGUUGCCUUUUAUCAUAUAACAUUUUAAAUCCUGACCCUUACUAUACUCUUGGGUCUUUUUGUCAUAACGGGUUAAAGGCCUUAAGUGUCUUUGUGUUAUUUCAUGCUUAACAUAUUUUUUGGUAAUGUUUUACUUUGUGUCAUCCAUUAGAAAUUGUAUUUUCUGUGGGUAUUGCAUUCUUGCAUUAAAAACAAAGAAUACAAUA